CUGUGGAGCAGUAGAUGCUCGUUCAGACAGGAGAUUGAGUGUGAAUAGCUCACAUUGGCUUAGAUUCUAAGCUGGGCAGGACCACUAAUUUGCCGAGCUUGUGGGCUUUGGGUGGGAAAAAAAAGGGGGAAAAAAAAGAAGGCUACUGCCUGGACGAACGCUUUCUGAAAUGCAAGUGGAUGAAUAGAAAACCAACCUGCCUGGAUCUGUCUUUCUCUGAUUUUCCUGCUGGAAUUACAGUUUGGAUACGGUGGCAGCAACAACAGCAAGGCACAGCCCGUGCACUUCCAGAUGGUGAAGUUCCAGAGAUAGACUACAACUUCCUGUCUGGAGAUAGACUACAACUUCCUGCCUGGAGAGAAUUUACAGGACAUUGAUGCAGGGUGCGGCUCUUCUGGAAACAGUAACAUAUGAAGGUGACUGCAAUGGAGCUUCUGAACCACCCAGCCUUGCCCCUUGCGGGACAGUGAUCUCCAGUGAUGCCGCUUUGACUGACAGCCACCCCAGGUUCCAGCGCUGAUAACCGAAGCACACCGAGCCCCGCAAUGACUCACAGCGCGCUGGAAUAGUGCCUGCAGGCAAUGACGACGCCGACAACGCUCCUGAAAUGAACAAUAGCUUUUCAGGAGAUCCCAGCGAACGGGACGAGCGGUCAGUCGCCCGGCCGUACCCACCGCGACCGCGAGUUCCCUCCUACGGUCUGAGCGCCGCCGCGGCCUCCACCACGGACAACUCCCAGCAGACGCACGGACACCCCCAGACUCCGCAAGAAGAGGACCCCCUGGGGCCUCUGCCGGACAACUGGGAGAUGGCUUACACUGAGAACAGAGAGGUCUACUUCAUAGACCACAACACAAAGACGACAUCCUGGAUUGACCCUCGGACCGUGGAGAAAGCCCAGAAGCCCCUGGAAGAAUGCGAAGAUGAUGAAGGCGUACACACAGAAGAGCCGGACUCUGAGUUAGAACUACCAGCAGGAUGGGAAAAGAUUGAUGACCCAGUCUAUGGGGUGUACUACGUUGAUCACAUAAACAGGAAGACGCAGUACGAAAACCCCGUUGUCGAGGCCAAACGGAAAAAGCAGCUCGAGCCACAGCAGCCACCCGAAGGUGAGCGGUACAUUCGAGAAUGGAUAGAGGAGCACUCUGCUGGAGCCCCUAUCUCCAGCUUCACGAUCAACCACCUGGAAACGUACCGAGACCCCCAGACAGUGCCCCCGCUACCGCCCCCACCAGGGGUCAAACGUGAGUCCCAGCACUGCCAGACCUGGGGUGGACCAGGGGUCAAACGAGGGAAGCCCUUUUUCACGAGGAACCCGGCGGAGCUGAAGGGAACCUUCAUCCACACCAAGCUGAAGAAGAGCAGGCGAGGCUUCGGGUUCACCGUGGUCGGAGGCGACGAGCCGGAUGAGUUCCUGCAGAUCAAAAGCCUGGUUCUGGACGGGCCCGCUGCUCUGGACGGGAAGAUGGAGACAGGCGACGUGAUCGUGAGCGUGAAUGAGACCUGCGUGCUGGGUUACACACAUGCCCAGGUGGUGAAGAUCUUCCAGUCUAUCCCCAUAGGGUCCAUGGUGGACCUGGAGCUGUGCCGGGGGUACCCCCUACCUUUCGACCCCGACGACCCCAACACCAGUCUUGUGACCUCGGUGGCCAUCCUUGACAAGGAGCCCAUCAUAGUCAAUGGACAGGAGAGCUACGAUUCACCGUCUGGACAUGGCGGAAGCGGUGUCACCCCGGGCAACGGCUCCAACGGGGCCCGGGAGCCCUUCCCGUUCAGCCCCUCCUCCUCGACCGAGAUGGGGCCCGAGCCCAGCGACGUGGUGACGCUGGCAUCGUCCAUCGUCACCCAGCCCGAGCUCAUCACCGUCCACAUGGAGAAGGGCGACAAAGGAUUUGGGUUCACCAUUGCCGACAGCCCUUCAGGAGGCGGGCAAAGGGUCAAGCAGAUCGUGGACUACCCCCGCUGCCGGGGCCUGAGGGAGGGAGACAUUCUGGUGGAGGUCAACAAGAGGAACGUGCAGAGCAUGACCCACAACCAGGUGGUGGAUCUCCUGAGCAAGUGUACCAAAGGAAGUGAGGUCACCAUGCUGGUGCAGAGAGGUGUGGUGUCAGCAAAGAAGAGUCCGAAAUUGCAGCAGCUGGAGAGGAAGGACAGUCAGAGCAGCUCCCAGCACAGUGCGUGCAGUCACCGGAGCACCCACACCGACUCGCCAGCCCACACGGUCGCCGCACCGCCAAACGAGGCCAACGCCCCCCCUCCCCCGCCCCCCACCCAGCCCCUGCCCGUCCUGCCCGGCCUGCCCGCCGUGCCCCCCCUCCAGGACCCAGCCGACGGCCCUGCCCAGAAGAAACCAGACCCCUUCAAAAUCUGGGCCCAGUCCAGGAGUAUGUAUGAGAGCAGACUGCCCGAUUCUCAGGAGCAGGACAUUUUCCUGUGGCGGAAGGAUACAGGGUUUGGAUUCCGAAUUCUUGGAGGAAAUGAGCCAGGAGAGCCGAUUUACAUAGGCCACAUUGUGAAGUACGGGGCAGCGGACGAGGACGGACGCCUUCGGUCGGGGGACGAGCUGAUCUGUGUGGAUGGGACAGCCGUGGUGGGGAAGUCCCAUCAGCUGGUGGUCCAGCUGAUGCAGCAGGCUGCCAAGCAGGGCCAUGUCAACCUCACCGUGCGUCGCAAGACCGGAUAUGGCGCGUCGAAGAAUAACGGCGAUGUGCCCCCGUCCCCGGCCUCGUCCCACCACAGCAGCACCCAGGCGCCCUCUCUGACGGAGGAGAAGCGCACGCCGCAGGGCAGCCAGAACUCGCUCAACACCGUCAGCUCGGGCAGCGGGAGCACCAGCGGCAUCGGCAGCGGGGGCGGGGGAGGCGGGAGCGGGAACGCUGUGGCGACCGGCGCCGUCCCCAUCCAGCCCUACGACGUGGAGAUCCGCCGCGGCGAGAACGAGGGCUUCGGGUUCGUCAUCGUCUCCUCCGUCUCCCGGCCUGAGGCGGGGACCAACUUCGCCGGGAACGCUUGCGUGGCCAUGCCCCACAAAAUCGGGCGCAUCAUCGAAGGGAGCCCCGCCGACCGCUGCGGCAAGCUGAAGGUGGGCGACCGCAUCCUGGCCGUCAACAGCUGCUCCAUCACCAACAAGUCCCACUCGGACAUCGUCAACCUGAUCAAGGAGGCCGGCAACACCGUCACGCUGAGGAUCAUUCCCGGAGACGAAUCCUCCAACGCUUCGCUUUUGACCAACGCUGAGAAGAUCGCUACCAUCACCACCACCCACACAGCCCAGCAGCAGCAGGCUGCACCUGAACCCAGGAACAAUACAAAACAAAAACAGGAUUCGUUUGAGUUUAAGUCUCCGCAGCAGGCCCCUCCACCUGCUCCAUCCCAAGCACAGCCGCCUCAGGAUGCAGAAUUCUACUCUGUUGACCUGGAGCGGGACAAUAAAGGAUUUGGGUUUAGCCUGCGAGGUGGACGGGAGUACAACAUGGACCUGUAUGUCCUGAGGCUGGCGGAGGAGGGGGCCGCCGUCCGAAACGGAAAGAUGAGGGUCGGUGAUGAAAUCCUGGAAAUCAAUGGAGAAAGCACAAAGAACAUGAAGCAUGCUCGCGCCAUCGAACUGAUCAAAAAUGGCGGCCGCAGGGUUCGCCUUGUUCUCAAGAGGGGGGACGGCUCAGUGCCUGAAUAUGACACCAGCGACCGGAACGGUCCCACCGCCGGUGCACAAAUUGUUCCGGAAGUGAAGCCGCUGGCGCUCAACAGUCGACCACACCCAUCAUUGGAGCCAAGUUAUCCACCAGAUCUUCACAAAUCAUCAUGGAAGGAGCAGCAGCAGAUGAGGGAGGAGUCUGGGUCAGACUGGUCAGACUGUAGCAGGGAGCACGGCCAACACGCCACCCACCAACACCAUCACCACCACCACCACCACACCUGGAACAACCGCGGGAGCCGGGCCGAACCGCAGCGCGCCCACGCCUCGCCGGACCACGGCAAGGCGGCCGGCCGGCAGCGGGCGAAGAAGUCGGAGGAGAGCGGCAUCGCCAGGAUUUUCAGGACCCUGAGGCGGGACGACGGGCGCGGGAGGAAGGCGGGGAGGCAGAAGAAUCCAGAAAACUGCCGGCGCCGGGGCUCCCUGGACAGGUCGCCGGGCCGGGGGCGGGAACGCUCCCCCGACCGACGCCGAGCCAAGUCGGUGGACCGGCGGCCGGAGAAGGCGCGGCGAGGCGGGAGCUUCCUGGCGGAGGUGCUGGCUCCUCGGCGCUCCUGCCAGGAGGACAGCCCUCUGAAGGAGGCCUCGCUUCUCCCGCCAUUCCACAGGGACCCCAGAUUCCACAGAGACGCCGACCCGGAGGAGGAGGAAGACGCUCUUCCUCUGAACAGGGGCAAGCUGUUCCACAGAGCAUUUAAAAAGAAAGGUAACCUGCUGAGGGAUGGGUCGCCCGAGAGGGGCGACAGAGAGAACAAGUUCGCGAGAGACCGAUCGCCCGAGAGGUAUUACAAGGCGGAGGCGGGGCCACAGCAAGCCUCGCCCCACAGGAGCUACGCAGACGAGGUGACUGCACCCAGACUCAUGGAGUACUACGGCACUCUGAAGUCCAGUUCAGGCCGCUGCCCCAAUAAACAGCCCCAGCCCAAGAAAAGGCCCUAUGAGAGCCACAAGGACCUGAGCGUCUGACCAAUCGCCAGCUGCGAAUCUCCUCAUGACACACCCCCUCAUCCGCAGAAGAGGUGGAGCUUAUACCUUUGAACAUCUUAAGUUUGUUCAUUUUCGACAGAGAGUCAGUACAUCACCCCCAAAAAGCAGAAACACUGAUAGUGUUUUCAUGGUUUGUUAUUCAUUUUGUUUUGUAGUUUUUUUUAGCAUAGUAGAGUUUAUCAGAAUUUUACAAUUACAAAAAGAAAAUAAUGUGCCUAACAGAACCAUACAUAGAGGUUUUUAAUCAGAAGAUGGGCCAUUUUUAACAGUUGUCUGAUUGACUUGAUUAAUUUCUUCCAGAGAAAGCUAAGGUGCGCCAAGUCACUGGCACUGUACUGUAAUUGGUGCACUGAUUUAUGCUGUGCAUAGCUCAAGGGUUUCUGCGUCAUUUAUCUCUUACUGCAUUGCCAUUGGUUUCCACCAGAAUAUAGCACAAGCCUGCAUCAUUUUGAAAGCUUGUUAUGUGUACACAUUCAGAAGCAUUCUUUUCAAGAGGUACAAUACAAAAAAGGUUAUAUAUAUAUAUAUACAUACGUGCAUACAGUGAGUUCUAUAAUGUUCGGGACAAAGACAUAUUUUUUCUUGAUUUGGCUCUGUACUCUGUUGUAGUUGUCAAACAAUUCACACGUGGUUAAAGUGCUGAUUCUCAGCUUUUAUUAAAGGGUGUUUUUACACAUUUUGGUUUCACCAUGUAGAGCAGUACUCUUACAGCACUUUUUAUACAUAGUCCCCCCCCAUUUCAGGGCACAAUAAUAUUUGGGACAAACGACUUCACAGGUGUUUCUGUCAGUUGCGUUCAAUUGCUUACUUAGUGCGGGUAUAAGAGAGCUUUUAGUAUCUAGUUUUAAUUCUACCCUUUUGAUUACCCUUGGAGUCUGUUAUUGCUGUUUGUCAAUAUGAGGACCAGAGUUGUGCCAGUGAAUGUCAAGGAAGCCAUUAUGAGCCUGGUGAGUGAAGGAAGACCUCUAAAAAUGACCAAAGAAUUUGCACCAUAAUGAGGAAAAACCCCAAACCGCUGUCUAACAGUUCAGAAACGCUCUUCAGGAGGCAGGUGUGGAUGUGCCAGUGACUACUGUCCACAGAAGAUUUCACAAAUAGAAACAGAGGCUACACUGAAAGAUGCAAACUACUAGUUUGCAGCAAAACAGGAUGGCCAGUAAGCACUUAAAAGAGCCUGCAGCGUUCUGAAAAAAGGUCUUGUGGAUAAAUGAGACCAAGAUUCACUUGUAUCAGAGUGAUGGCAAGAGCAAAGUGUGGAGGCCAAGGGGAACUGCCCAAGAUCCAGAGCACCCCCUCCCCUCAUCUGUGAAACAUUGUACGGCAUGUACAGCAGCCACAGAUACUGGCUCGCUUGUCUUCAUUGAUGAUGUAACUGCUGAUAGCAGCACCAAAAUGAAUUCUGAAGCAUACAGAAGCAUCUUAUCUGCUCAUGUUCAACCAAAUGCCUCCAAAUUCAUUGUAUUCACUGUAGAGAUCUUAUUUGGCUUACCAGGCUAUUUGUGAUUUCUGCGCUCACCAGUGCUCUUUCUUCUUAUUGACCUUCCAGUUUAUUUUGUUUAACCUAAGGUUUGGCCUAUGUCUCUGGCAGUUUUUUGGCUGGACCGAAACAGGGGGGGCCAGCCGUACAAACGUGAAUGUCUAUGACUGACUGACUGAGUGAUGAAGUUACACUAUUAUUCGGCCGAGUUAUGACCUCACACCAUUGGUCGGCCGGUCCAGCCAUAUACUAGGUUUUGACCUGGUCUUGUUUCCUUAUUUCUCAGCCUCAUCUUGGCUUCCUUGACUUGCAUUCGUACAACCCUGGUCCUCAUGUUGACAAAAACCAAUAACAGACUCAAAAAGCCAGAGUCAAAACUGGAUAUGGAAAGCUCUCUUAUACCUGCACUACUAAGGAAGCAAUUGCACACACCAGACUAAUCCGAAACACCUGUGAAGCAAUUUGUCCCAUUUAUAAAAAGGGCUGUAAUUGAUACACAAUGAAACAAAAAUGUAUAAAAAUACUAUUAAAUAAAGUCUGAGAUGGGCCACUUCAACCACAUGUGAAUUGUUUGAUUACAAAUCACACUCAAAUCAAUAAAAGAAGUCUUUGUCCCAUACAUAGUGGAGUUUGCUGUACAUUUGAUCCUCUAAUGAAUUUUACUAUUUAUUUUUUAAGAAUUCGCACAGAAAUGAGCACAUGUUAAUUAUAUGGGAACAAGAAUGCUUUUCAGUCUUAUAUAAGAAAACAACAUAUUUUUCCUUGUUACUUACUGCAUGAGUCCAAUGUGCAGGAAGUGGGCCUAAAGAGUUAGCAGUCUGCUGAAAAAAUUCCAGCUCAAAAAGAUUUCUGGGUUAGUUGAGGAAAUAACUGCUCAUUGGUUUCUUUGUUUUUGUUGAUUUUCCACAAUGAUGCCUGUUAAUGAAAUGCAAGAACGGGAUAAGAAAUUACUCUGUUGUUUGGCUGCAUUGUGCUCAAUACACUGCCUUUACUGUCAACUUCUAAACACGUUUUUGGGUUUCUGUUUGUUCUUUGUUUUAUAUAAAAGAGGAAACACAGUGCAUCGAUACCAUCAUCUAUCAAUUUCGACGAACCCUACUCCUUACCCUAACACCACACGCUGUGUUUUGUCAUGUUUAUCACAGCUAAAUUAUGGGAAAUGAGGGUAGCUAGAUCAACCGCAACAUUAGCUUUUUUUUUUUCAACCCGACAACCAAAUAAAGAAACAACUGUACAGUGAGCCCAGGCAGGCAGAGCUCGGUUUGACGACUGCAUGCCUUUGGAGUCCAGAGACAUUGAAGCGACGUUGUGUGUUGUUGAGUCUGCUUUGGUAAGAAUUCCA